AUGUGCAGCACGCAGAGAGCGAGGGUGUCGAGGAUGCACUUGACGAGUGCCUCCAGCGGGGCCGUGUCACCGGACACCAGCUCCGCGCUCCUCCACGAGACGUACACCAAGAUGACGUCAGAUAUACUCGCGGAGAGGACGCUGGGUGAUUUUCUAUCGGAGCACCCGGGAGAGCUGGUGAGGACUGGUAGUCCACACUUCGUAUGCACAGUGCUGCCUCCUCACUGGCGAUCCAAUAAGACGCUGCCGGUGGCGUUUAAGGUGGUAGCGCUCGGUGAUGUUGGAGACGGGACCCUGGUGACUGUCAGGGCUGGCAACGAUGAGAACUGCUGCGCUGAACUCCGUAACAGCUCGGCGGUCAUGAAGAACCAAGUGGCAAAGUUCAACGAUUUGAGAUUCGUCGGCCGUAGUGGUCGCGGGAAAUCAUUCACAUUGACGAUAACGAUAUCAACAACGCCUCCGCAAGUCACAACCUACAAUAAGGCUAUCAAAGUCACCGUGGACGGACCCAGGGAACCUCGGUCAAAGACCAUGUUGUCUCUCCUAGGGCAGCAGCAGCAAUUUCAUUUCGCAUUUGGUCAGCGGCCGUUUCCUUUCCCACCAGAUCCCCUGGGAGGAUUCCGGAUGCCACCGAUUACUACAUGUCAGAAUAUGAGUCAAUUUGGUUUGAGUUCGAGUAACUCUCAUUGGGGCUACGGUGGUGCGGGCGCCUACCCAGCAUACCUUCCAUCGUGUGCUGCACCAGCUACACAGUUCAAUACACCAACAUUAGGCUUCGCUGGUUCCGUCCCUGAACAAACUCCAACUCAGGAUUUCACUAAUAACACUGUUCUACCGGAUACGACGGGAGUGGAUCUGGAUCAACAGCUGUCCGGUCUAGUUGGAUCGUCUCCAUCACACCACGGCAGCUUGCUACCUAGAUACAACAACAACACAGACUACACACUAUCCACCGGCCCACGCUCACUCAGCGACAACAGCUCACAACCAGAAUCCCCGGUCCAAGACGACCUUUUAACAUCAAACACAACAACCAACAUCGGCCACAACCAUUCGAACUCCAACUUCUCGCUAAUGAGUACUCAGAACGCAUCAUACGGAAGCAGCAAUUGCAAUAAUUCCUUAUACCCAGUUCUACCGGCCAGCCUGCUAUACAGUCAAUUAUAUACAGCAGCUAAUCAAAGUCACAACUUCCAUCCGCUUCAUUCGAACUCCAUCCAUUCAACGCAGAAUCAUCACAACGAACUACAGACUAUGAUGGAUCAGAUAUCAUCAACCACGAACCAUAGGCAGGGUCACGGGCAGGACUUGUUGGGUGGGAACUCGUGUGCUGCUGCGGCCGCGAGGGGGGAAGAUGGAAGGGUUAGUUUAGGACAGCGGGGGAAUCCCCAACCAGACAGCAACACCGUUUGGCGGCCCUAUUGA